UAGAAACAGUUUUUGUAUUGUUCGAAGAGAUGGAAGAACCUCUCUCUCAAAUAUAAAUCUUGAAACUCGAAACGCUAUUACCGAAUUCAACUUUCGUUUGCAUAUCAAUCAUCAAUCAUAUUAAACAUAAACUAUUCGUGUUUUGUUGUUGCAAUAUUUUUUUGCAUUGAAUGACGCGUUUAACCUCCUCGCACAUGAAGACAACGCAAAUGCAAUGACCAAUGUUUUUGGGUAUUAACUAUAAAAACAGUAAUAAUGGAUACUCUAUUUGCUCCAAAUGUUCCCGAUGAAGCAGAAGAUAUACCGCCAACGGAUGAGCCAGUUUGGAUCCUUGGCAGGAAGUAUAAUGCUAUAAAAGAGCUCGAUGCAAUACGCAGGGAUAUACGUUCCAAACUAUGGUUCACUUAUCGUAAAGGGUUUGUUCCCAUUGGAGGCUGCAAUUCUACAUUUACAUCUGAUAAAGGUUGGGGUUGUAUGUUGAGAUGUGGACAAAUGGUUCUAGCCCAGGCUUUAAUUACAUUACAUUUAGGUAAAGAUUGGCAAUGGAUGCCAGAAACAAAGAAUAACACAUAUCUAAAAAUUUUAAGACGCUUUGAAGAUAAAAGGGCUGCUGCUUUCUCUAUCCAUCAAAUUGCAUUGAUGGGUGCAUCUGAAGGAAAGGAAGUUGGGCAAUGGUUUGGUCCUAAUACUAUUGCACAAGUAUUAAAAAAAUUAAUUGUAUAUGACGAAUGGAGCUCUCUCACUAUACAUGUUGCAUUAGACAAUACAUUAAUAGUUAAUGAUAUUUUGAGACAAUGUAGAGUAGAAGGUGGUGUAACAGCAGAAGCAGACGGAGAAAUUCCCCUAAGGGCACCUAGCCAAUGGAAACCUUUGUUAUUAUUAAUCCCACUACGCCUUGGACUUAGCGAAAUUAAUCCUGUAUACAUUAAUGGACUUAAAACAUCAUUUAAGAUUUCACAAUCUCUUGGAGUAAUUGGAGGAAAACCAAAUCUUGCUCUGUAUUUUAUAGGCUGUGUGGGAGAUGAAGUGAUCUAUCUAGAUCCUCAUACCACUCAAAAAUCAGGUAAUAUUGAAGACAAGAUAAGCGAAGAAGAAAUUGACAUGGAUAUUUCAUAUCACUGCAAAUCAGCUAGUCGUAUUCCUAUUACGGGCAUGGAUCCUUCUGUGGCACUUUGCUUCUUCUGUGCUACAGAAAAGGAAUUUAAAUCUCUAUGUAAAUCAAUGCAAGAGGAAUUAAUUUUGCCCGAAAAGCAGCCAUUGUUCGAGCUGUGCACAGAACGUUUAGCACACUGGUCAUCAGCAGAUGAUGCUGUUUCUGAAGCAGUAGCAGCUUCCAGUUUUGUGGACUUUGAGCACAUUGAACGUCAAUACGACACAUCUGAUGAAGACUUUGAACUGCUUGGUUGACGUAUACCUAAUCCAUCUAGUAUUCCGACAAGAUGCGAAAUAACAAUUAAAUAUUACACAAUGGUGUUCUUAAAGACGAUUUGUAUUUUCAACUA